UUUAAAGGAAUUCGUGCAAGAAAUUAUUUAUUUGACAUUGUGUGUUUGGUAUAUAAGUUACGGCGUUUCAAAACUCUACAAUCAGUGUUUCUACUACUAUCACAAAAUGAAAUCGGUAUUUGCAAUUGCCCUAUUGGCUAUUUUAUCUGUACACGCAGACGAAAAGUACACCACUAAAUAUGAUAACAUAGAUUUGGAGGAACUUGUCAAAAACGAACGUCUUUUGAAAAGCUAUGUUGAUUGUCUUAUGGACAAAGGAAGUUGCAGCCCUGAUGGUCAAGAACUGAAAAAAAACAUGCCUGAUGCUAUUGAAACUGACUGUAGCAAAUGCAGUGAAAAGCAAAAGGAAGGAUCCGAUUUUAUAAUGAAGUACCUUAUCGACAAUAAACCUGAAAUGUGGACUCCAUUAGAACAAAAGUAUGAUCCAAAUGGCACCUACAAAGUCAAAUAUUUAGCUAGCAAGAGCAAGUAAAUUCGAACCCUGAUGAUAGACCUUUUUUAUUAGAAAUUAUAUUUUAAAGAAGUAAGAAUUGUUUUAAUUAUCUAAUAAAUGAAAAUGGAAACUGAAA